UGCUGUUACACUUAGGCUGGGUCUCCGGGCCGGGAGGAAGCAGGCGUGUGUUGAAUUUCUCUUUGACCCUCACGGUGGAAUAAACAGGAAGCGGAGAGCACCCAGCCGGGCCCUGCACUUGCCUUUGUUGUGGGCUUUGCGCUCCACGGGCUGGAGGAGGCUUCCCGGGACCCCUGCCCGGCGUGCCGUCUGGGCACGGCUGGGGGCGCGCCCUAUGAGGCAGUGUGAGGACGUGAGAGAUCUCUGCAUCUUGUGCCUGUUUGCUAUUCUGUCCACUUGACACCAGCCAGGAUCAUCUGGGAAGAGAGAACCUCGCUUCCAUCAGAUUGGCCUCAAGAACAGAAGCAAAGCACAGAGAGCAGCUGAUGAGAACAGCCUGAGAGCCCCUGGUGAGGCAGAGACGGCCCGCUCUGUGCAAGAUGCUGGCUGCUGCGAGGCCGAGAAGCCCUUCAUUUUGAGGUGGGAGAGCAGGUUUCAGCAGGACAGCGCCUUCAUUCCAGACCUCACCAUGGCUUCAACUCUCUGGCUGGACGGCUGAUGUGACUGUGUGUCCCACAUGCUGUUGGACUGUGUGCCGUCCAGGUAGUUCCUGCUCACAGGGUGUGGGAGCACAGCCAGUGGGCAUCAGAUGCUCCCAAAGGUUGGACCAGCAGAGUGAUGGACUUGGACAGGCUAAGAUGGAAGUGACCUGAGGCCUCGCCCGGGCAGUUUCUUCACAACCGGACAAGUUAAGAAUUGAAACACAGGCUUGUCUGGGGAGCAGUAUGCCGGAAGCUGGUUUUCAGGCCACAAAUGCGUUCACAGAGUGCAAAUUCACCUGCACCAGCGGCAAAUGCUUGUACCUUGGUUCACUGGUCUGUAACCAACAGAAUGACUGUGGGGAUAACAGUGACGAAGAGAACUGUCUCCUGGUGACCGAGCAUCCACCUCCAGGCAUCUUCAACUCGGAGCUGGAGUUCGCACAGGUCCUCAUCAUCGUCGUGGUGGUCACGGUGAUGGUGGUGGUGGUCGUAUGCCUACUGAACCACUACAAAGUCUCCACGCGUUCCUUCAUCAACCGCCCCAACCAGAGCCGGAGACAAGAGGACGGGUUGCAGCCGGAAGGGUCCCUGUGGCCUUCUGACAGCUCCGUGCAGCGGCCAGGGGCUUCAGAGAUCAUGUGUGCCCCACGGGGCAGGGAUAGGUUUACUACCCCAUCCUUCAUCCAGCGGGAUCCGUUCAGUCGCUUCCAGCCCACCUACCCCUACGUACAGCACGAGAUUGACUUGCCUCCCACCAUCUCCCUGUCAGACGGGGAAGAGCCGCCUCCUUACCAGGGACCCUGCACCCUCCAGCUCCGGGACCCAGAGCAACAGAUGGAACUCAACCGAGAGUCCGUGAGGGCCCCGCCCAACCGAACCGUGUUCGACAGUGACUUGAUAGACAUUUCUAUGUACAACGGGGGACCAUGCCCACCAAGCAGCCACUCGGGCAUCAGUGCAGCUACUUGUAGCAGUAACGGGAGGAUGGAGGGGCCGCCCCCGACAUACAGCGAGGUGAUGGGUCACUACCCAGGUACCUCAUUCUCCCACCACCAGCAUAGCAACGCACACAGGGGCAGCAGACCACAGUUUCAGCCGAACAACUCAGAGGGCACAAUAGUACCCAUCAAGGGCAAAGACAGGAAGCCUGGGAACCUGGUCUGAUUCCCUUCAGGGUGCACUUUGCAAGGAGAGAGCAACCUCGGCAGGGAGAGCGAGGCCACCGGCCCCUCUGCCACAGUGUUGUCCAGCUUUACGUCGUACAGCUGAGUAAAACCAAAUGUGCAAACACGGUCUUCGUUUCUGAUUCCUGUCCCGGGAAUUGCAUGCAAACAAGACUGGAACAAUACGAACUUCCAUCCGGUUUGACCACAAACAGUGUUCAUCUGGGGGCAGGGGUGGAGUCAGGGUUAGAGAUGGUGUGAGCUUGGCAAAGGGCGUGCAGAGCAAACCGAGGAUGCUUUGAAGACUUCAUGAAAGUAAGACCCACAGAGGUAUUUUUGACAUAUUUAAUUCCAAAAGGAGACUGCGGAUAAAGGAGGCCAGAAUGGCCUGUUUUUAUAAUUAACUGAAUAAAGAAGGAAGAAUUAUUAUAUAUUAUCAUGGGGAAGAAUCAGCCAGUUUGCUUUUUCUCCAAAGGUGUGAAACUUUUAUUUUGUUUUAAAAAUAUGAGUCAAAACUCCUGUUUUGUGUGCCAAGGUAUGAAGCGGAUAGAGGAGCGAGAGGAACUAAUUUGUGUUGUGAUGGUAUGCUUUAAGAGUUGCACUAUCUUGAUGUUUAAAAUACGGAUGAGGGAACUGUGUUGUGUGAAGUUCUGUAUGUUGUCACCUAUGGAUGGCUAUUACGCCCCAGGAACACCCUUGAGAGUCCACAGAGUCGUCAUACACGAAAGGUAUUUGGGGAUGUGCCCUGGCGUUCACCAAGUUAUAUACAUUUAAGAAGUGGUGUGUUGCAAGAAGUUGCAGCCAGAUGCAGUGCACUACUAGAGUCCUUUGGAGAGGCUGGUGAAAAGAAACGCCUGCAUUGUGUGUCAAGUGUCACGCAGAGCCAGCCUUGUCCCCAGCAGCGCCAGAGCAACUUAGACUUUUUUUCACUGUAGCAUGAAAUAUAUUCAGAUACAUACCUUAUUUUAUGCAAUAAAUUGUUUAAAAUGCAAGAUGGUUAUUUUGUGUACUGCUGAACUGUGUAGCACAGUGAGUCCCGUGGCCUCUCCCGUCCUAGGCAGCUCUGUUGAGUUCUGCAAGGAUCUUCUGUUCAGCACCUGGCACCAGCAGUUGCUCCCAAAGCCCACUUGGUUUUCUAAGUGCCAUCCUGGUGAUGGUUCCUUAUGCUUACUAUCAUCCCCCUGGACCUGACAGAGGGACACAUUUGGCAUAAUAAGCCAUUACGUAUCACCAGUGUUGCAUGGUAGAGGAAUCCGGUGCAGACCUACCCACAUUCAUGCCACAGACUCCCUUCUGUCUAGUUCGUCUUUGAACUGUGGCCAGCUGGAACACAGAGGUGGUGGGUGAGGGUGUGACUCAGGACAAGGCAUGGCAAAGUUGCAGCUGGACAAUGGCUUCUCAGUUUUUGAAGUCAGUUUACUAUUUCUACUAUUUCUAAACAUUCUUGCAUACAACAAAAAGCCCCAGUGACUUUCUUCCGCAGAUAGGAGAGCUGGCCCUGUAACUGCACCAGGGCGGGCUCAUGUGCAGUGGGGCAGGGUCUCUGCCUGGUGCUCUGGCCUCUGCACCUAACAGAAAGAACAGGAAUGGGGAGUCAGUGGCAGUUGGACACCAAAUCAGUGUGCGUGAGUGCUGUGUGCAUGUGUGCGUUCCUGUUUCCGGAGGGGAGUAUGUGAAGUCACUAUUCUCUUACCUGAGGACUAGAGAUUGUUUGAAGCCCCAAGUUGUGUCUGGCCCCAGGCUUCCCAUUUCUGCUCGUCUCAGUAGGCAGGCCACUGACUGGCUUGGUUGGAGACGUGACAUCUCCAUGGGAUUUGUCCACUUCCCACAGUAGCACCUACAGGAAUACUCAGUCAAAAGGAGUGAGGACAGAUAGGGAACAGCUAUCAGCCCACGCUUCAACACUGCUUGGAAGGAUGUACACGUGAGGGUCUCUGGGACUCUGGAGUUGCUUUUCUGUCUUGUCUGGUGAUAUUCAGUGGCCUCUCAGGCUACAGGUUAGCUGGGCCAAAGAUGACCUUUCCCAUUUCCUUGAGGCUUCCUGAAAAGUUUCUGCCUCCUGGUCACCUAUGCUUCAGACUGCUUGAAUGGGGCUCUGAGAUACAAUGGCAGAGGAAGGAGGUAUGUGUCCUCCCUGGGAUCUCACCAGUAGGGAACUUGUCAUGGUUGACUGCCAGGGAAGGUGAGGUUAUGGCUCUGUCAUUCCAAAUCCUAACUAUAGUUUUGGUGAAGCUGGUGUCCACUCCAAAUGGCUUCUCAGUCCUUACUUUAGUCUUACUUUUCUGUCAGCUGUGAGAAAGAGCUAAGAUCAGAGAUUUGUAAAUUCCUUCGGAGCUUGGCAAGCAUAUGGACAUUUUGUAGAUGCCAACAGUAUUGGCAAAACAUUGGGUACCCUAGAGGACUGCCUUUUCUCUCUCUCUCUCUCUCUCUCUCUCUCUCUCUCUCUCUCUCACACACACACACACACACACACACACCCCCAACUGUGACUUUGAAGUCUUUGAGGCUGGGUCUCUUUAAGGAAUUAGUUUAAAAGCCAAAGCCAAGGUCAGGAGGAGAUUUAGAUAGCAGCCUUCUAGCUGACAGUCCAUGCCAUGCUGUCUCUUGGCUCUAAGGUACUGACUAAGUAGCAGCUGUGAGGACGGGGCUUACACAGCAGGGGCUGUUGUCUUUCAAAAAGCUGGGUGCUUAGACCCUCCUGGGGGUUCAGUUUAGAAAGCAGUGAGUUUAGGCAAUGAUAGAUUAUUCCCAUGGGGCACUGCAGUAAAGAUUUGCAUUGUUAGAAGGAGCAGUCCUGGGCAGGCCACUCUGACUUAUCUGUUGUCUCAUGGACUUCCAAGAAUAUGAAACAUAAGGCCUACUGGAAUUGUUUUUUGGCCUGCAUUUGCUUUUUCAGAAACUCCAUAAGCAAACACUAAAGCAAUAUUUAAUACAAGAGAUUGUGAAGCCAGCUACUCAUCCAAUUAUGUUUACUGAUAAAGCAUGCCGCCCCAUGCCUUCACCACCACAGACACAGACCUAACCCAUGAGAGAUCAUGACAUGGCAGUGACUAAAACAAGUAUAUUGUGAGAAUUAAAUUUUUCCUUAGUAAUUUUUAGCUCAAACUCAAGAGCCAAGGAGCCAAAUGGGAUGGAUGCCUCUUCAUACAAACAUGGGAAUUGGGUACAAAAAGAGUAUUAAAUAUAUAUAUUUAAAUUCUAAGUAGCUCCAUUUGAUCUUCAUCUUUAUUUUACUGGGACCAAAAGGAAGUACUUCUAGAAAGCUGCUUUGAUCUAGAAGAAUCUAUUCAUAUACCUGCCUUUCUCAUAGGUGUAGGUUUUCCAUCUUAUCCAACUGUUCUUUUUUAGAAUGACUCGUGGGGUAGUCCUUUUAAGAUGCCCUCAAGCUAUAUUAUUGAGGUAGCCCAUGUGGCCUCCAUUGUGUUUUGCCAACACUGUUGUAGAUCAUGGCUAUUCCUGGACAAUGUGCAUGCUGUGGAUGUUUCCAGAGUUUUGCUACUUAGAGUGGCAGCUCUAUACCCCCUAAAAAUCUCAGCAGUCAGGUUGACGGGAGCAACUGAGAAGGAUACUUGCUGUUACCUUUUCUCUCAUGUCAGUCACCCAUCCAGACUUGCUUGUGCCCUAAAGUGCCAAGCAAUUUCAUGGCUUCCUUAGACUGUACUGAUUCCAACAAACCCUGUUGUGUGGCUGUCAGGAGCUGAUGACAGUGCUUGGAGAUGUGGACAAAUCACAAUAGCAUUCUCAGUCUCCCAUAGUCCAUAGGUUUUAGAAAUAAAGAUGUCAUUUGAUAGCUGGAUGUAGCACAGGUUGAUGUCGGAGCACAGGGCCAUCUUGCUGAGCAAGGGAUUUCUCCCCAUACCCCAUCUUCAUCCCUAGGUUUGCCGGACAGCGUAACAAGACAAGGCUAGCCUAGACAGAUGAUGCGGUUGCACAUACCCAAGUCCAUCUCGAAGCAGCUGAGGUGCCUUGUGUUCAGAUGUCAGAUGUAGGACCCCAGCCCCAGCGUGCAGUGCUCACCUUCGUUGUGCCUCACUUGAAAUGGUGCUUCUUCAACUGUUUGCUUUCAUUUGUAAGGUGCUGUAUAUACACUGAACAUAAUAUGCACAUACUCUACCCAAUGGGUAGAAUAAGAAAUUGAUACUGUAAUAUACUGUAUAGACACCAGUUUUACUAGAAAUGGCAUAGAACUUUUGAAUGCCUACAUACUCCAUCUUUUGUAAGGAAACUUGCAAAUGAUUACAUACAGAUAAAGUCUAUGUAGUUUAUUUUCCUAUUAAAUAUAUUAACACCAUGGGAUGAAGUCUGAACAAGCAGGCAGCAGUUGAUGACCAGCACAUACAUAGGAACUGAGUUGCACCUUUGCUCGGAAACACUUUAUCGAUUUCUAAGAUGUUUUUAUUUUAAUCUCUUUAGAACUAGUUAGACCAGUUUAGUUAUAUUUUAGGCGGGGGUGGGGGGAAGGUUGCUUUUCAGCUUGCUCUGUAUGCAGGCCUUCCCUCUCGCUGUAGUAUCAGUUGUCAGGCCUCAGUGGGAUGUGCAAACCUUUGAAGACAUGCAUGACGUCAGGCAAAUGAGUAACCUGCAGCAGAGGCUAUUCAGUGUCAGAGGGCACUUGUGACCAUUUGUGUCCCAUGUUCUCUGUGCCUUGUCUUAUAAAUGGAAGCUAUGGAGCCAAUGAACUGUCUGGAAUUUGUAGGGAGAGUGCCUCAGAAAAGAGAUCCUAAAAGAUUAGGGUAGGGAAAAUGUUUGGGAUUGUCAUUAGAGAACGGUCAAUCAGCCAAGUACAGACUCAAGUCUAUUCCUAUUGUGUUCUGGGGUAGUCCUGACCCCUAAAGCAACUAGGUUUUACCAUCAGUUAGGUUACAUGUCAGGCUAUAAGUAAAGUCACACUUCUCUCUUCCAGCUCCUGUUUAGUCUUUAGUGUCCAGUUGUGGCUUUGGUAUUUUUACGUUUCUUCCUUUGUCCUCCCCCUGCCCUCCACCCCUCAAGCAAAGAAACCUUGGUGUCCAUAAAAACCACCAUGGAUACAAAGUGCGAUCCAUAAAGGCAAUCCAUGGAAUGCUGCCUUCCAAUCUAAUCCAAUAUGCCACCAGAUGAUAUUUGAGUAAUUCCAGGCUUUUUAUUUGUUCUGUGGUAUAUGCUCUGACUUUGAAAGUCAGAAACAGAAUUAUCCCCCAAUCAGGGAAAAAAAUGCUCCAAGCUAUUACUUAUUCUUAAUGUGCAACUCUUAAUGCCAAUUCAGUUCUCUUUAACACCUCCCUGCAAGAGCUGGGCAAAAAUGACAGUGGGUACCUCCUAAGUCUCACCCAAGUCCAAGUUACUGUCUCUGUCUACUGCAGGGCACACCCUCAGGAUCCCUGAGGGUCAAGACCUGAGGUCAAUCACUGUCAGAAAACAGGCACUCUACUGAGCAUCAGAAUGUUCUGGACUCAGUAGUAAGAUGUGUGAUCAACCAGACUCCUUUCUGCAGAUCCGACCCUGCCUGAGCAUCCCUCUCAAUGAUGCUGGUUCUUUCUGAUGUGCUUGCCUUUCAAAAAAAAAAAAAAAAAAAAAUCACAAUUUCAACUAAUAUCCUUGUUGAGUUUAAAGGUGUUUUAAAAUAUAUACAAAACUACCCACACCAUUUAAUUUAAUUUUUUAUUAUAAAGCAAUCUACUAAAAAAAGUACAGCUGUAUUUGCAUCUUCCAAUCUUUGUGAGCUAUUAUAAUUAGAAGUCAAAGUCCUUUUGUGUUUAAACAAAAACAUGCUUAUUCUUUAACAUAUUCCUGGUCAGGUACGGGAAUGAUUCACAACUGUUAUCCACCUGCGUCUGUUGCCCGGGUGAUGAUACAGUUUAGGCCUCAGGUCUGUGAUUGCAAUACUUUUGAUGACGGAUGUUGCACAAGUGCUGUUUGUUAGUUAUGAAAUCAGGUUUUCUGCUUGUUCUUGAUGCCAUGGUCAAAUCAUAGCACAUCAUUAAAAAUAAUCAGUGAUAAAUACCUGUCCCCUGGGGUUGUGUUUGUUCACCUUUCAGCUACGACGUACAACGAACAGGAAACUGAUGUAUGACCAGUCUCAGAAAAAUACCUUUUUUUUUGUGAGUUGGAGAUGGGACCCAGGGAAGAGUUCUUCCUUGGGCUACACCCCAGGCCAAAGGAUAGUGCUGAUCAUGCUCUAGUUACUGACUCAAGGAAAAUAUUUGUAUGUGUGUGCACGCACAGCAUAUGUGUACAUGUGCCACAGCUGGUGUGUGGUGAGGACAACUGGCUGAGUCAGUUCUCUCCAUCCACCAAGGGAUGGCAAGUUCAAUGGUCAAGCCUGGCAGUGAACGCCUGCAGUCCCUAUCUCACGGUCUGGUUGCUGACUUUUAAAAAGGAUUUCCUAGUGUCCUGUAAACCUAGACAGAGCAUAGCACAGACUUCUCAAUUCUGAGUUCUAACCCGGGGCAUUCAGAACUGGUCCUGAGAACAUCUGACCUCACUGGGGGUUUGGAUGGCUGUCACACAGCAAGCUAAACAGGCCUGGUACCAAAUGUUGAAGACUGCCUGACAGUGGAGGCCUUCAGAAGAUGUCUAUGACCUACACUGAGAGGAGAGUACUUUAUCUAUACUCUAAGUGUAUGGAUUCUAGAUGACACAUGUAUGCAUAAAGCCCGCAAACCUACCAAACAAUGAGAAUAAGUGAAUUGAGCAUGAUAGUAGAAAGAUUUAUUUUUCCAUUUCUGUGACUUUCUAAUAAACAAAUGGAAACAAUUUCAAGAUCUUACUGGAAUAACUGUGUGGGCCCAAAUUCUAGUCCUACUGUUCAUCUUCAAUUCAGAGUGAGGUUAUAUUUUGAUAAGGGGAUUAUAAAACUUAAGCAAAUAAAGGGACUCUCAUCCUAAAGCCCCAGCAGACCACACUGUGCUCUCAGAGAACUUCGCAGUUCGGCAGCUCAUUAGAGACUGUCCCCAGAUCUCCCCAACCUAACACCAGUGUGAGCAAAGAAAGGAUGGCACGUGCCGGGUUCUCUCUUCCCUCUGCCACUGGUCCUGAUCCCCUCAGUACGAGCAGAUCUGAGUUCCUCUCAGAGUCCAAUCCAGGUUGUCCGAGCUGCUGCUUCAGGGAAGCAGGAGACACUGCUGAGCAGUGGUUUUGACACAGCAGGAUGGCUGAGCCCUUGAAGAGCACGAGGCUGGCACUCCAGUUCACAAUGGAAGACUAUCUUCUGCCCAGGUCCACUGGCUGAGGACCUAGCAGGCUCUGAUGCAGAAAACAAAGACCUUACAGACAGCAACUCACCCUGGGCCUUUGAGUGAAAACACCAAUUCUGCUUCUCUGUGGUAACACUUGCAUUAACAGUUUAUAAGAAACUUGCUAGUUAAAACAAGUUAGAUUUCCCUCACUAUACUGUUUUGAUUUGUUUGGCUUACAUAGAUUCUAAUUAAAACACACACUGGAAAUAGCAGCUCCAAAGUAAAGCCUUUGUAUUUGGAAAUUCAUUUUAAACACUGCAUUUCUGUCAAGACUUUAACUUUUGCCUCAAUAAUGCAAAUGAGAUUUGCUCUGCUGUACUCACUUCCAAAAAAAGAAGUUAAGAGCAAAAGCUGAUUCUAAUAAUGUAACUGCAACAGUGAUGACUAAAACCACAUACCCCAAAGGCCUUUCAAGUGAAGAAUUCCCUUAAAAACCUUCAACACUGCAGUUUAUAGUCAGUGGCUUGUCUAAUUUAACCUGUGGAACAGUAUUCUCACUUAGCAUUUCUUUUGUCACCGACCUUUUAUGAGUAUAAAAACAAUCACAUGAAUGAACAGCAAGUAUGUCUGAAGCCCCAGCAUAACCAAGCACCACUUCAUUCUUCCAGGGGCCACCAGCCCAACUCGGUCCCCACGUUCUAAGCAUCUCAUGCUACCCUGAGGUAAGUUGGGACACACUGUUUGCCACAACAUUUUUGGUGUGGUGUUUUGAGGUGACUUGGUCUUGUAAACAUUUCCUAAAUACUGCAAAGAGCAGCUCAACCUUGGGCCCAGCAGGCUUCAGAUGGUUCAAGAGCUCACCUUAGGUAACUAAUGUCCCUGGCUGGAGGUAGUUCCAAAUUCCCAUCUAUAAAGCACGUGCAAUUGUUUCAGCCAGGCAGAGAGAAAGACAAGGGACCACCUAAGGCAGAGACAGCAGCCUACACACCCUCAGUGUCCACAUGAGGUGGCGGCAGCUGCUCACCAAUGAGGUCCCAUUGCUCUUGCUGUCCAACUUGAAGGUAUGGGCACAUUAGCCACACGCGGUCUUCUAAGUGCAGGCCCUGUGGAGGCUCUUCCCUGCAUAUAAGGCACGCAUCUGCCAAGGCAGCGAAAAACACACAUGCUUUGUUGCACACAGUUGUGUGGAAGUGCCUGGAGUUUUGUUUGCAUCUUGUGGUACUGAAAAUACUUCAUAGGAAAUCUGUCCUCUUAACAAAUGAAUCAUAGGCUUUAAAUUUCCUUUUCUUGGGACUCAGCGAAGGCAAGCACUCUAUUUGGUAAAACCUAGUAUUUCCUAAGGCUAUCAUAAACUUCUCUGCACUAACAUUUUCUAUAAAUAGCAGUUUCAAGGGCUUCAGGUCUUCUAGCAAUUGGCAGCAAUUAAAUGGAAAAAUUAGUCUCAGCUGUCUUCAAGUGUGGCCCCGACACAGGUUCAGACAACAUGACCACUGUCUAGUACUGUACAUGGGCAGGAAGGAAAAGGUGAACUCGUUUUGAACCAAGGAGACAGUCUGAGAAUUUCUUGAGGCAAAGUGGUCCCUGAUGUAUGUAAUAUUUAAAUGUUACUAUUUAUACUUAAUGCAUAAAAUCUAGACUUGAUUGAAGUUUUCCUUCAUUGUUUUCAAUGUGGUAAUUAGGAAAAGGCAAAAGGUAUUGUAUGACUGGAAGAGAAACAGAGUUUCAAGUAUGGAUUUAGUUGUGUGAAAAUUGCAACCUGAAUGCUUUACUAAGGCCAACUUCACUAGGUGGUAACAGAGGACAGAAUAAGACUGGACCUUUAGCUUCCCCAGCCUAUCCCAAACUAAGGGGGAAACCAAGCUAGAGUAAAGUCACGGACUAGUUCAAGUAUCUCCCUUUGAGAUCACUCUAAGAAGAUGGUGAACAGAGUAGUCUAAAGGACGUUAAGUUACAAGGUUAAAAGUAAAAAAUGAACAGUAUCAGCAGAAGAGCCAGGCUACGUGUUACCGGCAAAUGUAAUGAACUGGCUUGAUUUUUAUUUUCCUUUAGUCCAGGAGCGUGGUCUGGCAUACCUAAGUACCUGCCACAAAGGGAAAGGGACCACAGGAGUUAUGACUGGCUGAACUUCAGACACAGGUCUUUGUGUUUUUUUCUUUAACCAAAACAUGCCUUCAAUGUCCUAACAUGAUUCAUCAGUGUUAUUUUCUACAGUUCUCUAAACUUUGGGUUUGAAUUAUCGGAGGUAAAAACAAAGGUAAAAGCUAAUCUAAAAAACAAAAUGAAAGAGUGCAACUAAUGAAUGGUCCAGCUUGCUCAAGAAAAACUGCAUUAGAUUUUAUGGACAUACUUGACAGUAUUUUUUACUUUGGGGCAAAGUACACCUGUUUGUCACUGGUCAAAAGAAGUACAGAAUACACAAGCUGUCUGUCUCCCAUAACCUGCCUCUGCUUCACCAAGGAAACAGAACGUACAUGUUGCCUGAGGUCCCGGGGAACAGAGUCCUAUAACUACACUGCUGUGGCCAAAUACUAAGCAGGUAAGGACACCCAGGACCCAUUGUAUGAGAAAUAAAGCAACAACUUGGAUACCACAGUAAGAAUCCUAAAGUAUGAAUUCAAAUAAGUAAAAAUACGCUGUUACAGAAUCUCCAAUCUAGCACUCAGAGGUGCAAACAAGGCAAUACCCGAAACCAUGUUCAUAUAAACACACUGUUGCCCUUCCUAAAAUCAAUCCAGGAUUGAGAGUUAACAUUUAACUGGAAAAGGACGAUAUAGAAUUGCCAUUAUUUUGUGUAGCAUCUUUAUGGAAUUGUUAAAAUAUGGCAGAAAGUGCCUUUUACUAUGUGCAUGGAUGGAUUAAAACAGAGGCAAUUUUAUCUUACUGAAACAAACAGGAUGAAGUUGGGUUUCAAUGCUGUUGCUCUAGAAGAUGGUGGGUCCAGCCAAUGGCUCCUGGAAGCUUCAGGUCCCUGUAAGAACGCUGUGCUGCUGUGCACACUGACCUGCAGGGCACACUUGCACUGAGCACAUUCCCUGCACACGGGGUGGUCCUGCUCCUAUCAGUGAUUUUUUGCUAACAUUUAAAUUAGUCAAAAUUCAAGACAGAAAAGGCUGACAAUGGAAGGUGGACAGAAGGAAAGUUUCCAGCUAAUCUUUUCAGGAAAAUCAAGAUGCAGGAAGGUGGACAGAAGGAAAGUUUCCAGCUAAUCUUUUCAGGAAAAUCAAGACGCAGGAAGCAUAUUGUGGCAGGGAGUCGUGUUUCUCACCACCCAAGGUUUGUUCUUUAGACUGAUUUCCCAGAGAAAACAGCAUGAUGCACUUCCCCAUAGCUCACUCUGUAAGAAGCCAGAUUCUGAGCUUGAUCCCAUCGGGGCCAUUUAAGCCAAUCCUCAGAACAAACCAUAUCCCGCUCUGCCCUCAAGGGUUCUAAACUCAGGAUGCAUUCUUCCUACUAUGACGAUCAUUCUUAUCAAAAUAACCGAAUAACUGCCACAGGAUGAUUAGGAUCUGUAAUUACUGUUAGCAACUAUCAGUGAUGUAUAGGGAAGAAUACACCUUAAUUUUCAAAACUCAAUCCUGGAGAUGUAGGACAAUCACAAACUUGUUUUGACUAGUUAGGAUGAACACAGGACAUAGAAGUCACAAAGGGAAAAAAAAAAUCUCAGAAGGAAAAUCAAUCCAGUGAGCCUAACUUAGCAUUUAACUGUGAGAAGCUCAGAGUACAAGAGAAAGUUCUCUUAAGAAGGCCAUGCCAAAGUUCAUGGCAAAAGAGACAUUCUGGGAAAGGAGUGGUCCUUAGACCAUUCCAACCAUCAGGAAGAUGAGGUCUAGACUCUGCUGUCCUUUGGAUAUAGAACUUCUUUCUCUUUUCUUUCUUUCUCUCCUUCCUUCCUUUGCUCAUGGAAACUCCACUUAAUACAAAACUGGCAAAUAACACACACGUGGGCCAGUGGAGAGCAAGCACAGUUACUACUUGAAGAAUGAGGAGGGACACCCUCCUUACUGCCUUCCUCACACCCGUUCUGCAAAUUUCCAGUUCAGGGACCCACAUAUCCCUCGACACAUGCUCAUGCGCUAAUCAGGCAAGGGGUCAAUGCCUGGAUGAUUCUGACAUCAUGUCCUUGCUAAAGUCGAUUAAAUAGUGAGCUCUUAAUGCCAACAAGUAAGUGGCAUGCAAGAAGGGCACUUAAAUAGGGCAGAAAGAACUUUGGAACAUUUAAAUUUACCUUAUUUUAGGUCUUAUGGAGACUCAGUUUUGGAAAUCUGAAACAAUAUUUCAGAAAAUGAACUGUAGCUACCAAGAAAAUUAUUCCUCUAAUUCUACAACAACCUCAUUUUAGGAGCCCUUUAAUAAUUAAAAAAUAUGUGUGUAUACUGCAAAAAUCUCGAUUUCAAAAAGAACUCAGAAAGAUGAACUCAUUUUCCCCUGCCUCACUUGCUAAAUUCACCUCCUGCCCAUCCUCACUAGUACCAUCUACAAUAGUUCCGUUUACAUUUGAAGCAGUUAUGAAAUCCUAAAGACUUGAACCCAGUGCAAAAGGCAUUUAAAAAAAGCUCACUGUGUCUAAAAUACAGCUUCAUUUUCUUCAAACACCUCUUCUGCCCACACUAUAAAGAUGCUCAAGAUUCCCAGAACUGUGGUCUAAGACCCCAGAAACAAGACAACUGCCCAGCUCCAGCUCACCACGAGCAUAAAGAAUUCAGAAGAUGGAGGCGGAUUUACAAUGGAAAACUCGGGAAUAUUUGAAGUCUUUGUUUUAUUAUUUCACUUUGGGGAGAAAGCUAAUCUUAAUAUACACAUACUUCUCUUCCCUUCAGUGAAAUCCAAACAGCACCCCAUUUUGCACAAAAGGCUCUCAAUGAUGUGGUAUUUUGAAAGGCUGGUUUUACUCUUAUUCUUUAACAAACCAAGCCUCUUACCUGAUCCAUUUUCAUUUGAACUUGUUCAUGUGCUAGGCAAAUGUUUUCUGUCCAUUAAAAA